UUAAAGCGAGUACAAAUGCUGGCGUGCACUCGCGAGUUGUAGAGGAGAAAGCCCUCUGAAUGAUCGAGGCACUUUCUUUAUGGUCAUUUACUUGUUUCCAAUAUCUGGUUGACCGUUCUGUUGACUUCAUCUGAACAACUCGCUCUCCGACUGCAAGUUCCGAAUUUUAACUACUCAAAGUGAUCGAAUGAAACAUGGGCUUUAUUAUUAUUUUGCAGUUUGUAAUAAAAUGCUUUUAUGUUGUUCCCUGGACCAUCUCUGCUUUGGUUUAUCCACUAUAUGCCUCUAUACGGGCAAUUGAGACUGAUUCAGCCUCAGAUUUUAGGAAGUUGGUUGCUUAUUGGAUUUUAUUUUCUUUAACCUUUCUCUUUGAAGGUGCUUUUGUGAGGCUACUCGAAUGGCUACCAUUUUUGUGGCCUUACAUAAAGCUGGUAAUCUUCUGCUGGUUGGUGUUGUCAAACUUUGACGGUGCUUACUAUGUCUACAAACAUGUUCUUCAUCCGUGCAUCUCUUUGGAUGUUGAAGACCUUAUCAACCAGUUCAAGGAGAGGAUGGAGUACUUUUCCACCAGAAUUAAAGUUGUUGCUGAGGAAAAGAGACAGGAAAAAGAGAAUGUAGGUGAAACUUUGCAUGAAUUAUUAAAGUUGUUGCAUGAAACUGCUGCUAACAAGUCCAAGGGCAAUGAGCCUAUUAAUAUCCUGCAGAAAAACGUGAAAGCCUUUGAAGCAACAGAGAAAAAGGAAGUGGCUAAAGCCAAGCAGUCAAAGUGUGAAGAGUCCAUUAAUGUUGUCCAGAAGGAUAUGAAAUCUCAGUCAAAGUGUGAAGACGCCAUUAAUGUUGUCCAGAAAGAUAUGAAAGCUCAGUUGAAGUGUGAAGAGCCCAUUAAUGUUGUCCACAAGGAUAUGAAAGCUGUAGAAGUAGCAGAGAAGACAGAAAUGGCCAAGCAGCAGGAUGGUUUGAAAGAACAUUGUGUUUUCCUGUCUGAGAACAAGAAAUCUGAACCUGAGGAAAUUAAAAGAGUUUCAGCAACAACAGCAACGAGAAGUGAGGUUUCUGAAAUACCAGUUUCUAACGAAGUCCAGCAGGAGUGGACUUGCAGUUUAUGCCAAGUUACAACCCCUUGUGAAGCAAUACUGAAGUUGCAUCUUCAGGGAAGACAACACAAGUUGUGCGAGGAGCAGCUGAAAGCAAAGAACCAGCCAUCAAAAAGCAAAGUUUCCCCUGUUCCAGAGGACAAGAAAUCCGAAGAUUGUGAAGUACCAAAGCAGAAGCCAGUGCAAGUUCAACCAGAUGACCAGAAGUAUAAAUGUGUUGAGCUUAAAGGGACCCUCUGGUGCUGCACCAUUUGCAAUGUAAGUUGCGCUAGUAUGGAUAUCAUGUUUAGUCACCUUAAUGGGAAAAAGCACUUGGCCAAGAUUCGACAAUCUAAGGUUGCUGUUGAUGGGCAUUCUGGUUGGGAUAUUUAACAUUGUCUUUUGUACACCAUUACUACUGGAAUCCUAUUAGGUAUGGACGUUCACAUAAUGGCUUGUGACCAUAUAUAUGAAGAUGGUGUGUUUGAAUUGCUCUGUUUUAGAGUUGAUUGUUGACAUUUCUAAUCUUGUGUUAUAAAGUAAUUGUUAUCUAAA